GUCAAAUGCUAUCGUAGCUUUAGAAAAGCAUAAGAAAUCUUUAAAAUAUGAACGCACCCCCUCAGAAACGCGUUUAUCCUAAACUGCCCGUAUGGAUUGUGGAGGACCAUCACGAGGUUGUCCAGCACAUAUAUCGUGCCAUUGGGUCUAGACAUAUUCCAAUGAAGGGCAUUAAAAUGGUUCAUUUGGACUCGCACCCUGAUCUCCUCAUUCCUGUGAAUAUGCCUGCUGAUACAGUGUAUGAUAAAGAGACUCUGCUCAGAGAGCUGAGCAUUGAGAAUUGGAUUAUGCCAAUGGUGUAUGCUGGACACGUGUCCCACGUAGCCUGGCUGCAUCCAUACUGGGCUCAGCAGAUCAGAGAAGGACAGCACUGUAUGUGUGUGGGGAAAGAUUCAUCCACCACCACCAUCAGGGUGACAAGCAAAGACGAUUACUUUUUGAGUGACGCUCUUUACGUUCCUCUGGAUCACCUGGAAAACCCAAAGGAGUUACAUUUACACGUCAUUCGAGUGGAUCCUGUCGUCAGCUCACAGACAACUAAGCUUGAAAAUGGACAAAGCGGUGCUAAAAUACCUAAAGCAGCUCAAACGCAGGACGACAUGCAGUUAAAAGCAGACACCCCUUGCACUUCCUCUUCUCAACCGCCUGAUGGCAGCGCUGCAUCAGGAAACAUCAGCGAGACAGCCAAGAAUAAAGCCGAUGAUGGGUCAACAAGCUACAUCACAGACAAGCUUUUAGCAGUCAUUGAGCAAACCGACCCUUUCAUACUUGACAUUGACUUGGACUUUUUCUCCUGUAAGAACCCUUUCAAGGACAUGUUCUCGCAGGAAGAGUUUACACUCCUGAAAGAAUUAUACAGUUUCAGCAAGCCACAGCAGGAUCCUGAUGAGGAGGAGCUUUUAGAAUGUGUGGAGAGACGCACGCGUCAGCUUGAAGACCUGGAGGCUGCGUUCGCUGACCUGCUUGAGGAUGACGGCCAGGAAACUGUUGAACGUUUAGCAGCAAACCCAGGAAUGAAAUCUCUUUUCGGACUUGUACACAGUCUUAAGAAUCGACCAUCACCUCCGGACUAUGAAAUGGUGCAUCAAGCAGGCUUGACCUGUGAUUACUCCGAACUCCCACACCACAUCAGCAGUGACGAGGAGAUCCAACAAAUGAUCACGGCCGUGCAGCUCUUCCUAGAAACCCUGCCGAAACCCACCAUAGUCACUAUAUCAAGAUCCAGUUUGGAUGAGUAUUGUCCAGCUGAACAAGUGGAUUCCAUCCAGAUCAGAGUGCUGAACAUUCUAGAGUCCCUCUUCGGCUGCUUAGAUGUUCACAGAGAUUACGAAUCAAUACCAGCAGAGAGCACAUCACACACCGCAUGAGGAGAGAGGUUAAAUUCAUCAUCAGCUGCAGCAUCUUUUUUUUUUUCAAUGACUGUUUUCAGAUGCUGAACCAUGCUAAGAUUUGCCCUGCACUAUUUUGCGGUUGAGUGCAUAUCUCACAACGAAUGUAUGGAUGUGAAUGGAAAAGAAAAUUAAUUUCCAGCUGGGAAAUGGGCUUUUAAUUCAAGAGGUUUUCGUGUAUAUGUUUGAAGUGCAUUCAUUCAUAAUACGAGCCCCUGCCACUGUAGAGUGGAUAUACUGGAAAACCUUGGUAAUAAUGUAUCUGUAUUGUCGCCAGAACAACAAAAUAAAAAGCCCAAGAUUUC